AUGGUUAAGUUGUAUUUAAACUGGGAUGGAGUUUUAGAAAAAGCGGAACAUAUUGGACCAAAGGGUUUAAACUGGCGUAGCACAGAUAGCACAGACCAUCAUGAUCGUGUCCAACGACAAUUAUCCGUUUCAUCCGAUAGUAAAUUACUCGACGAUGACAUACGGGAGGAGACACGCGUUAUAAUGCGUCCCAAAAAGCCACCCAGACCAAAAUCGGAAGUUUUUCUCAACAAACAGGACCCGCAUCCACGACGAAAACGUUUUAGUGCAUUUGGCGGUGACUCACCGUUUGGAAAAUCAGAUGCCUACAUAAAAUUGGAGCCACUUGGCGAAGGUUCAUAUGCUACUGUCUACAAAGGAUUUAGCAAGUAA